UGGUCAGAUAAGGGGACACAGGGACCGUCCAUGUGACCUGGAAUGGUAAAACGCUUUGAGCGUCUCCACCCGGGGAAGACACGGAGCCUGGUCAUAAGAGAUGGAUGGAUUCAAGGAUGUAGCACUUGGGGCCUUGGAGGUCACCAGGAGUGAUGCGACAUAAAGAGCCUGGUGACAAGCCCACACAGCCAGACCACUGCAGAACAUGGCCAGUAGGAAGGCUGGGACCCGAGGCAAGGCUGCAGCCACCAAGCAGGCCCAACGUGGCUCUUCCAACGUCUUCUCCAUGUUCGAACAAGCCCAGAUUCAGGAAUUCAAGGAAGUGAGUAUCCUAUCUCCAACAGCCUGUCACCCCAGGGGUGUCCACUCCACACCCCAAGGACACCGCUCUUCUCUAAAGGCCUUCAGCUGCAUUGACCAGAAUCGCGAUGGCAUCAUCUGCAAGUCAGACCUGAAGGAGACCUAUUCCCAGCUCGGGAGGGUAAGUGUCCCAGAGGAGGAGCUAGACGCCAUGCUGCAAGAAGGGAAGGGCCCCAUCAACUUCACUGUCUUCCUCACACUCUUCGGGGAGAAGCUCAAUGGGACCGACCCUGAGGAAGCCAUCCUGAGUGCCUUCCGCAUGUUUGACCCCAGCGGCCAGGGUGUGGUGAACAAGGAGGAAUUCAAGCAGCUUCUCAUGACCCAGGCAGACAAGUUCUCUCCUGCUGAGGUGGAGCAGCUGUUUGCCCUGACACCCAUGGACCUGGCAGGCAACAUCGACUACAAGUCCCUCUGCUAUAUCAUCACCCACGGCGAUGAGAAAGAGGAGUAGAGGCAGGCUGGCCUCGCCUCAAUAAACGCUGUGCCUGAACUAGAA